GUGCAAAGAUUUUCUUUUCUCGUUCGCACGGCCGCAGAUUUCCCACGUUACAUAAAAUUCAAAAAACACUUUUUCAACUCAAUUCCGCAUUGGUUUCGGCCGUUUUUCGCUAGUUUUCCAAACUGGACUCCGAGAUUCGAGUGAGCAGGAUGUGCAAGUAUCCGAGAAUCGCAUGAUUAACGUGCUCCAUUCGUGCAGAAGGGCGCCAAGAAGACGAAAUCAAACCCCCCCAUAAAAAUCUGAGACAAAAUUCAGUUUUAUUUUCUAGAUUGUUAAGCUUUAUGUGACCAAGGUAGAGAAAUUUUGGGAACCAUUGCGGAAGCUGGAGGCCAACGAAAUUGUUAAGGAAAAUUCUGAUAAAAUCGAUAAGCUUCGCACGCCUUCUUGACACCACCGCAGCCGCCGCCAUCAGGCAGCAGCACCACCACCACCGCCACCCCCAUAAGCCAUCCCACCAUCAUCAGGGCCAUAGCCGUUUAUAGCCAGCAUCCAACAUGUCAUUCAUAGCCAAAUUGAAAGCCACGCCAUUGCCGCCCCUGAGAAACAUACUCAAUGUGGCCGUGCAAACGGCCCGACAGCAAAUUCCAGAGCGCAAGGACUACGAGCAACCGCCGGGCAGCACCGCACAGCAGCACCACAGCCAGCAGGGCCAUCACAAGGCCAUGGAGGCGGGCAUGGAUGGCGGCGAUCAGACCACCGAGAUGAGCUCGAAUCCCUUCCGGAACGCCGGUAGCUGGACGAACGAGAGCGAGGGAGGGGGCGGAGGCGAUGGGGAGUACAGGAACGAGUACCAGAGCACCUCCUUUAAUGAGUACGACGGCAGGUAUCAGCAAACAGAUGGCUUUAGGCAAGGCAGCAUCGCCUCGGAGGGAAGCUCAUUCGUCUGCGAGGGAGAAGGUGGCGGCGGCUGCAAAAUCGACGAGUUCCAGGCGGCCUGGAACGUGACAAAUGCCAUCCAGGGCAUGUUUAUCGUAUCACUGCCCUUCGCUGUACUUCAUGGAGGGUAUUGGGCCAUCGUGGCCAUGGUGGGAAUAGCGCACAUCUGCUGCUACACGGGCAAGGUCCUGGUCCAGUGCCUAUAUGAACCGGAUCCGGCAACGGGACAAAUGGUGAGAGUGCGCGACAGUUACGUGGCAAUUGCCAAAGUAUGCUUCGGCCCCAAAUUGGGCGCCCGGGCUGUUAGUAUCGCUCAGCUCAUUGAGCUUCUGAUGACCUGCAUCCUUUACGUGGUGGUGUGUGGUGAUCUUUUGGCCGGAACGUAUCCACAGGGCUCGUUCGACUCGCGGUCCUGGAUGCUCUUUGUGGGCAUCUUCUUGCUGCCCAUGGGCUUUCUGAAAUCACUGAAAAUGGUCUCGACCCUCUCGUUCUGGUGUACAAUGUCACACAUCGUGAUAAACGCCGUGAUUCUCGGCUAUUGCCUGCUGCAGAUCGGCGACUGGGGCUGGUCCAAGGUCCGCUUCAGCAUCGACAUGGAGAACUUUCCCAUCUCACUGGGUGUGAUUGUCUUCUCGUACACCUCCCAGAUCUUUCUGCCCACCCUCGAGGGCAACAUGAUCGACCGCUCCAAGUUCAAUUGGAUGCUGGACUGGUCUCACAUCGCGGCUGCAGUAUUUAAGGCCGGAUUCGGGUACAUCUGCUUUCUGACCUUCCAGAAUGAUACGCAACAGGUGAUCACCAACAAUCUGCACUCGCAGGGCUUCAAGGGCAUGGUGAACUUCUUUCUGGUCAUCAAGGCCCUCCUUAGCUACCCGUUGCCAUACUACGCUGCCUGUGAGUUGCUCGAGCGCAACUUCUUUCGAGGUCCGCCAAAGACCAAAUUUCCGACCAUCUGGAAUCUGGACGGGGAACUGAAGGUCUGGGGAUUGGGCUUCCGCGUCGGCGUCAUUGUGUCCACCAUCCUGAUGGCCAUCUUCAUCCCCCACUUCUCCAUUCUGAUGGGUUUCAUUGGCAGCUUCACCGGCACUAUGCUUAGCUUUAUCUGGCCUUGUUAUUUCCACAUCAAAAUCAAGGGUCACCUGCUAGAUCAGAAGGAAAUAGCAAAAGACUACCUCAUCAUUGGGCUCGGCGUGCUCUUUGGCGUCAUUGGAAUUUACGAUUCGGGCAAUGCCCUGAUAAACGCAUUUGAAAUCGGUCUUCCAUUUUAAAUUGAAUGUGAACUAUCAAGCCUAGAGAUUCUUAUUUAAUGAAUUCUUGCAAUUUUGGACAUGGCAAGUCUUCCAGAUGCUUUGUCCAUUGAUUUACCAUUCACUCGAGACGAAACUAAAAAGAAUAAUGUUAGUCAGUAAGAAACGAAACGCAUGUCUUCCAAACAAGCGAAAAAAUGUCUUCCAAACAAAAAUAAUAAUGAUUUAUGAUAUAUACAACGUAUUAUAUAAGAAAAUCGAUGAAUAUUUAAAUAUGCAUAAGUACGAAUAUGAGAAGAGAAAUAUUUAUUGUGUUGAUAUGCAUUAUAUAAGAUAUAGACAAAUUGAACAGAGAAAAACAAUAAACUGCAAUGUACACCAUUAUACAAAUACAAAACGAAA